AUGACAGGUGCAACAUGCAUUGAACUUACCAGUGUCCCACCACAGGAUGAGGUCAGGUUAAAUGAUGAAGAUAUUGAACAGUUGCUUUGCGAGGCUGAGGAUCGCUUGAGGCCCAGUGAUGCUAGGGCCAAUGCUUCCAAUGCCGAUAACUUGACCAAUGUGGGUUUGGAAGCAACCUCAGUUCAUAUCCCUAAGUUGGCACCAGGAGGCUCCCUAAGGCCAUAUGUCCGUCAACAAGAUGAUGUUGCAGUUGUGGAAGAUGCCAUCGGAGCAAUGAAUAGCCCCAGCAUCAGAUCGCCACUCGAGAUGCGACCGACUGGAUCUAAAAGCUCAAAGCCAAGUUCCAAGGACAAACCCACAGCUGGUAGCGAUUGGUUCGACCUUCCAAAGACGGAGUUGACCACAGAACUCAAGAGAGACCUGCAGUUGCUUCGAAUGCGCUCAGUAUUAGAUCCGAAGAGGCAUUACAAGAAGGAGGGCGGCAAAGCACGCCCUCCUCAGUAUUCUCAAGUGGGAACCAUCAUCGAAGGUCCGACUGAGUUUUUCAGUAGCCGCAUCGCUAAAAGGGAUAGAAAGAAGACUUUCGUUGAGGAAGCACUGGCAGCGGAGCAAGGAAACAAGCGAUUUGAGGCUAAGUACAAGGACAUCCAGUCUGUCAAGCAGAGCGGCAAACGUUCCUACUACAAGAAUUUGCGAGCGAAACGGAACACGAGGAGCAAGUGA